GCGGGAGCGCGAGCGGCGGGUUUGAAUGUGCGAGGCGGUUGGAGGCCGCGAUGGAGGAGACGGCGGUGGUCGAGGCCGCCCAGCGCUUCGCUGAGGUACUGGCGGUGGCGCGGAGCCCCUGGGCCGCUGACUGGGACACGGCGACCGUCGGCCGGGCUUUCCAAUGGGCGCGGUACUUGGAGCAGCUCAGCCACCGGCUGGAACGGCAGGGACAGGGGGAAGCCUGGCGCCGGCUCCAGCUCCAGCUCCGGCCGGAGAGCCGGGCCCCCAUGCCCCACCCGCUGCCCGGGUUCCGCGGCCUGGGGCUGGAGGAGCUGGGCCGCGGCCGGCAGAUGCUCGGCCAGGCCCUGCUGUGUAACCCGGCCUCCUCGGCCGCCGCCUUCCACCGGGCCGCCGCCUGGUACCGGGCGGGUUGCGGGGAGGAGCAGGCGGCGGCGGCGGCGGCGCUGAGGCGGGCGGCGAGGUUGGCGGCGGCGGCGCGGGUGCUUCAGCUGGCCGGCGGGAACGAUACCGAGCGGGCAGCGCGGGUAACGCAGGCCGAGGUGUGGAGGGAGCGGAGGGGGGAAUUACCGGAGGAGGCGGUGUGGAGACGGGCGGUGUCGGCCGAUGCCGGCUGCUGGCGGCCGCUUGCCGCGCUACUGACUGCGGCGGACGGCGACGAGCCGCCGGCUGCCCGGCCGGGGUUGCCCGGCAACAGUAGGGCCCGGCCAGGGUUGCUAGGCGACAGCGCCGCCCGGCCGGCGUUGCCUGGCGACAGCCGCACGCUCGCCGACGCUGCCUGCCGCGCGCUACCCUGCCCGCUGCUGAGCGAGCUAGCGGCGCUCCGGCCACCCUUCGCCCGCCGUUACACCGCCCACCUGCAGCGCUGGGCCGCCCGCAUGCAGUACGACGCCGGCAGCGGCCGCUGGCUGCACCCGGACUCGCCCGAGCAAGACUGGGAGAAGCUGCUGCAGCAUUUUACCGGCCUCUUGCAGGGGCCGCCUGCAACCAAGGAGUCGACGCUAAGGACGUUAAACUCUUUAAAAGCCGCGGAUGGAGACUUUGAAGUGUGGGGGAUCAGCGUGUGGACGGAUCUGUUACUUGCAUUAAAACAACAGAAAGUUGUUUGAAGUUUAGCCAAGCAGUCGAACAUUGCUACGGACUGAGACUUUGCAGUGGGGAUCAGUAUGCUGACACAACAUGCUACUUGCAUUAGUAAAUUGAGAUUUACCCAAGGAGUCGAUGCAAAGAUGACUUUGAACUCUUUGAAAACUGUGGACGGAGGCUUCGAAAUGUGGGGAUCAGCAUACAGACACAGCUGUUACUUGCAUUAAAAACAAGAAAAUUGUCUGAAAUAAAAUUGAGUCGACUGAAAACUGUAGAUGGAGAUGCAAGACUACGGAGUUUGAAGUGUGGGGGAUCGGAUUAUGGACAGAUCGAAUACUCUUGCUUUAAAAUAUAGAAACUUGUUGAAUUUAUGUUUGCAUUUUUAACUGCACUUGACUUGGAAGAUGGAAACUAUAUGGUAAUAUAUUUGCACAGCUAUGUAAUGAUUUCCAGUCAGGGUUCAAAUUAUUUAAUGUUUUUGAGAUAAAGCUAAAAGUCCUGAACAUGGCCAGAUUAGGCAAGUUCUGCGGAGAGAAUCAGUUGCAUGUUCAAAUCGAUGACUCAACAGUAUUAAAGAAGAAAGGCUUUGGCAAAAUACAGGCUUGUCUUUGGCUCAAUUUGUAUUUUGUAUGUAUAGUCUAGCUGGCUGGGCAGCCCCAAGGCCCUUAUGUUACAUAUUACAAAUGCUUUUGAUUCUCACACAAAAUAAUUUAUGAUUAGGUUGGAUGACAAUAGAAAUGAUAACCCAGACUUGCUAAGUUUUCCCAGUGCUUUUAUUUUUUUCAGAUUUCAGAUCACCUUUAAAUUUCUCACCUUAAACCUGUUUCCUCUGGUUCAAGACUCCCGUGAUUUGGGGGUGGGUGGUGGAGGGGAGAUCUUUCCAGUCCAUUCCUUCCCAGACCACAUUCUCACACCCAGUUGUGCCACAUUGCUAUUUGCUUGUUCUGUUGGUCCCUUGAUAAGAAUUUUAUUCUCAAUUCCUUGUUGAACACUAAUUAUGGCCUCGUUUUAAACUACGUUGCAUCCACAUUUUCAAUCUUUUCACACUUCAUAAUUUUAAAGGUAUCCCUGGAGCUUUUUUUUUUCUCGUGAUAAGUUCCCAGCCUAUUCUUAUCCACUAUAGAUGCUUUUCAUUUUCAAUUCUAGCAUUAUGCUAUUAUUUAUUUUUGCACCUUCUCCAGUGAAUUGAUUUUUUGAACUUAAAAUUGCUCUAGUUUAUGUCUUGGAUGCAAUAUUUUCAGCAAGUAAUGUUUUCUCUUUGAAUAUCCUUUUUAAAUUCAAGUUGUGAUAUCUAGUCUUAAAUUAGGUGUGAACGUUGGCAAUUUCAGCUCUGAAUCAGAGGUAAGUGCAAUUCGUUUCCAGUCCAGAAACAUGAGCAUCUAUUCCAAGCUGACGCCACAUGCACUACAAAGAAAGUAGUGCUGUCAGUGGCGCCACUGAACCGAGGCCCAGUCCCCUUUUGGAAAGACAUGAAAGAAUUGAAAGUCUCUAUCGGUUUUAUUCAAACAGCAGAUUGGUUCUCCUGUCUAAUAUAUAUGCCUGAUAUCAUACAUCUGAAAUCUAUUUAGACAUUAAUCGCUAUUUAUGAAACCUUGCUAUACAUGGGUUAUUUUCUUUUCAAACUACCGUGUCUACAAUUCAAAUGUACUUGCCUAUUAAAUCCUUUGGCUUGGAAAAAAUGUUGAUACAAA